AUGAAAUAAUUAUUUCUGAAUUAUAGGAAGAAUAAUGAAAAGAAAAAAAACACAUAUCAAGUACUAUCUAAAUAAAAAUAGUAUUAUUAAGAUUUAAUUUCGGAAUGGGGAGACAGUUUUAUAAGAUGGGUAUAAUGAGAAUGGAAAUAAAAUAAAAAGAGCCAAUCUGAAUUUUAUUAUUCCUCUUAGGACUUUUAAGGAAAAUAUUAUUUAUUUUCUCCUACUUAUUUUAUAAGUUUUCUCAUCAUAGGCCUUAUAUUUUGUGGGAAUUUUAUUGGUAAUACAAUAAUGGUUAGUUGAUUUACAUAAUUUUAUAAAAAUUAGAAAAAUGGAUUAAAUGGUUAAUAGUUAAGAGGCAAGAGUAUUAAAAUAAUGGGAUGAAUGUAUUGUAAAUAAAGAGAUAAUUGAAAAAAUAAAAGAAAGAUUAAAUAAGCAAGAUUAAAGUGAAAGUAAUUAAAGGUAAAAGAGUAAAUCUUAAGUUGAUAAAAACUCUUAAGUAAAAAAAGUGGAGAAUGUAUAAUAUUAGAAAAAAGGAACUAUUGUUUGUAAAUUUUAUAAUUAUUUUUAAGCUAAUGUAUCUAUUCCAUUCUAAAAUAUAUCAUAUAAAUAACAAUAAAGUAAUAAAAAUAUUAGAACUGAUAAUGCUAAUAAAUAUAAUCAAAUGAGUCCAUUGAUAUACAAAGAUAUGGCAUUGAAAUUAAAAUAAGUUUAAAUUAUGGAGGAUGAUCCUUUAAUAAUUGAAAUAAAAAAAACAGUUCCUAGUAUGUUUUUAAAAGAUUCUACACCAACUGCAUAAAGAAUACCUAUAAAUGAAAAAUUAAAGAAAAUGGAAAAAGAUAAAAUGAAUUUAAUUAAAAUCUAAAAUGUUGAAAAUAUAAUGAUAGGUGAUGUGAUUAUAUUAGAAAGAAAUCAAAGAGCACCUUGUGAUAUACUUGUUUUGCAUUGUAAUGAUGAAAACUUUUGUGUAUAACAUUAAUUAUGUGAUUAUUCAUCAACAACAGUCAGAAAACCAGUUGUUUAAAAUAGAUGUAACAUAUAAAAUUAUAUUAUAAGCUGAUUCUUAAAAUUUAGCUUAAUUUAAAAAAUCUUUGACAGGUAAUAUUGUAUGUCAUGAACAUAAUUUUUAAAUUAAAGGGUUCUUUUAAUUAAAAAAGGAUCCUUAAUCCAGAAUAUUUGGAUUAGAGAAUUUUAUUUUUUGUUAAGAAAGAUUAUUGGCCACUCCAUGGGUAUUGGGAAUAGUAGUAAAAGUUGGAAAUAAUUGUCAAUGUUAUGCUAGAUUUUUAGGUGAACUUAGAUUCUAAAAUACAUAGUUUUUACCAUAUUACAUUAUGGUUAUGGUCAUAAUUAUUGUAAUAAUUAAUAUAAACUUAAGAUUUAAAUAAUAGUUUACAAUUAAAAUGAAUUUUUAAGGAAUUUAAGAUCAAUUACUUAAAUUAUUAUUGAUAAUUGUAUUUAUUUGAUUUUGAUGGUACCUCAUUUCUAUAAAUUAUAUUAUAAAAUGUGUAGUAUUAUUUAAUUAAAAGGAAUAGGAACUAUAGAUUAAAAAUAGAUUAUGUCUUGUCAUAUAGAUUAAUAUAUAGAUAAAUAAUAUUUAACUGUAAGUGUAGAUGCAUUUAUUGAAUAAUCCUUUUAAUUAAAAUGUAUAAUAUACGAUAAUAAAUUAUGUGAAUUUGAAGAACAAAAGUUUUUUUAAUUUUUAAUUUAAAUUUGUUCUGGUAUUAAAACAUAAAGUGAAGUCAAAAAUGUUGAAAAAGAAGGUAUAUAUUUUAAUUAUAAAAUUUUAAAGAAUAAGAGGAAAUUCAAUAAGGAUCACAAGUUAUAAAUUACCUUAUGUAAAGUUCAUGUUCAGACGAAUUGAUGAGUUAAAGAGAAUGUAUUAUAAAUUAGAUUCCAAAAUCAGUUGAAGGGAGAUUUAUUUAUUAUUAAUAAUCAGAAUCAAAGGAAGAUCUAAAUUCAAAUUAAAUGGCUUUAAUUUAACAUGAUUAAAUUUCAAAAGACAAAACAUUAGUUGAAAAUCAUGAUGGUUAUAAUGAAACAAUAUAAAGAACAUCUAAUCCUAUUAGAAAUUCUAAAGGAUAUUAGUCUUCAAAAGAUCAAUUUAAAUAGGAAGAUUAUUUUAUAGAUGAGGAAAACUUAUGUAAGAAUAUGAUGAGAAAUAAUGAUCCAGAUGAAUUAAAUCCAUUAUUAUUAUAAUUAGCAAUGAAUCAUCUUGCUUUUUCUAAAUUAUUAAUAACAGAAAAGAAAGAAUAAAAAGUUAAAAAUAAAUUUUUAGGAUAACUAGAUUAGAAAUAAGUAAGUUUAGCAAAAGCCAUGGGUUAUGAAUUCUUAUGCGUUAAUAAUGUUUAGUAAAUAUAUUCAAUAUGAUAAUUAGGAAUGUCUAACAUUAUAUUAUUUAGAUUAAUGAAGAAUUACAUUCAUUUAAAUUGGUUAUAACUAAAUUAGAUAUUUAAAGACAAAGAUUAUUUAUGUUAUUUGAAAUGGAUGAUUUUUAUUAAGAUAAUGAUAAAUAAUUUAUACUUUUUUUAAGAGAAGGAAAUGUAAAAAAAAAUGAAGGAAUAGAUGAUAAAGUUUGGAAACAUCAAUAUGAUUCACUUCAUUACAUUUAUUAUUCAUAUUGUUAUUUAACCUAAGAAAGUGCAAGUGUAUUUUUAUAAUCAGUAGAGAGUAAUACUCCAGAUAAUUAAUUAUAUACUUUAAUGGAAUAAGUAUUCAAAUUAAAUAUUAUUUUGGGACUUAAGUAUACAUUAAAACCUGAAUGUUAAGAUUUUAUGAAAAAUAUUAGGAAAUCUGAUUAUUAAAUGUUUGUAUACACAUAAAAUUAGGAGAUCUUUUCUACUUCUAUAUUGUAUUAAUCAGAACUUUUAUUAUAAAAUGAUUUAGUCUUACAUUUCAAUUAAUAAAACGAAGAAGAUUUACGUGCUUAUUUUAAAUAAAGUCUAUAAGAUUUUUCUAAUACAUUUGGUCAUGCAAGCAUUAAUUCUUCCUAAUUUAUUAAAAUCUAAGCUCUUAGCUCUUAAAAAUAAAUAACUGUAGAUUAAGUUGUUGAAGAAAAACCUAGAACUAAGAAAAUAAUAGUAAUGAUGAACAAUUAAUCAUUAUAAUAUAUUAUGGAAAACCACUAUUUUAAGAAUAAUCUAAAAUUAAUUCUUAGUUUCACUAAAGUGUUAUUUCUAUAUUAGGCAACUCAGGAUUAAUUAAAUACUAUUUAAGAUAUUUGGUGUACUUCAGAUAAAACUAUUAAUUUAUUAUAUGAAAACUAAAGUUUAUUACGUUGUUUAAGUGGAUGCUAAUUACAAAUAUUGUAAUUAUAGUAAUUCAGUUUGUUUAAAAAUUAAAAAAUAGAAAAAGUAGAUAAGAAACAUUUCUUUACAUCACUUAUUACAUCAUUAUAAUAGAGAUUAAUAUUUGAAAAAUGCUACUUCAAUGAAAUGCAAAUCAAUUCUAAUACUGAUGUCAUUAUACAAGGUUAUAAAGAAUUAGAUAGACUUCUAUUUUUUUAGAGUCCUCUUUUAAAAAUAUUCUUUAGAGCUUUAUAUUAACAAACAUUUUACAAAACAAUAACCUUUGUUACAUCUUUUACUUUUGUUACAAUCAUUUAUACAUGGUAUACUUUAGAUUAUAUGGAUUAUUUAAUAGAAAUCAUAUUUUAUUUCUAUAUAUACUAAUUUUUUUUGUUUUCACUACAACAUUAUUCUUUUGUUGAUUAAUCAAAGAAAUUAAAAGAUAGUAAAGAUUAAUCAAUAUUAUUGUAAAAAUAUUCAUAACAUAAAUCAUCAAUGGAUAGUAUUUUAAUUAUGAUUUUGAAACAUAUUAUUUAAGGUCUUCUUAUUUCAUGCAUUUUUAUAUAUAAAAUGUAUGAUUUAGAAUACUAUUUAUAUAUUUUUAUGUCUAUUAGUAUUAAUGAUUGGUUAUAUUUGAUAAUUAAUUUAAAUAUGAUAGAAGCAAUCAUUUUAGCUGCUCUUUUUCCUAUCAUAUUUUACAUCUAUAUAUUAUUAGAUAUGACACAAAAUGAUGAAUGGAAUUAAUAAAUAGAUGCUUAAGAUGUAUUUUCAAUUAUUUUAGGUACAACCUUUUUAUUAAUAACAAAUCUUAUUUUUGAUUACUUGUAAAUUUAACAUAGUAUCAGUAUACCUAUAUUUAAUGAUGAUUUUCUUUCAUAUUUAAAUUAUGUUUAAAUGAUGAUUACAACAAAAUAAAAAAAGAAAACUUUGACUAUUUUAUAAAAUAGAGUGAAUGAACUUUUUGAAAAUAUUGAAUAAGUAGAUUUGAGUAUUUAAAAAUGUAUUAUAUCUAAUUUUAUUUAUUAGUGCUUUUAAAUUAAUAAAAUAAUUCAAGUAAAUUUGGAUAAUGGCGUCAAUAGAUAUUCAAAAAAGCUUAAACAAUAUUAAUGUGGAAGAAGAAAUAAAUCAUUUAAAGUUUCUAAUUACUAUUCUAUCAUAGCACAUUUAUAAUUAUAAUGUACUUUUAUUAGGAUAGAAAAGAUUUUUUUUUAGUUGAUUAUUUAAUCAUUUUUUGUCUUUAAGCAUUUUAUUUUGCUAUAUAACUCUUAAUUAAAUUACCAACAAAUUAAUAAGAAUAUUUAGAAUAUGGAAAAUUCUUUUUAUCAACAGCAGCUACUAUAUCUAUAUUAUUUGUAAUGAAACCUGUUGAUAAUAUCAAUUCUAUUUUGACAAUUGAAUAUUUUAUAGUUUAUGAAUUGUCAAUAAAAUUUCAUCCCAUUUAUGACUUUAGAGUAUACAUUACAACAGCUGUUGCAACAAUGAUUGGAUAUAUUGCUUGGUAUAUAGUUGAAAAUGAUUCUAUUAUUUCAAAUUAGAUUGCUGUUAUAUAAUUCUUAAUUCUUUUUUCUGUUUUAUAAUACUUUGUAAAAAGUUAUGUAAAUUAUUCAAAUUAUACUUUAAGUUUAUUUAAUUAGAAGAAGAUUAAGCCUAAAAUAAAUUGAAUUUCAUUGAAUAAAAUAAUAAAAUUAAUGAUAUAUUAGGUAUUUUAUUACCAAAAUUCAUUAGAGAUAGAUUAAAUGAAAGUAAUUAAUUAUAUUAAAUUAUAAUAGCUGAUCAAUAUAAUAUUCAUUAAAAUUAAGGUUUAGUAGCAAUUGUAUUUUGUGAUAUUUGUAAUUUUGAUUAAAUGGUUAUUGAAGAAAAAGAUAAAAUUAUUACUUUUUUGGAUGAUAUUUUUAGAACAUUUGAUAAAUAUUGUUAAAUUUAUGGAGUUUAAAAGAUAGAAACAGUUGGCAAGACUUAUUUAGCAUCUGCUGGUCUAAAAGCAUGUGAAUAAGAAUUGACUUAUUUAUCUCAGGUUGAUCCAGUUUAAAGAGCUUUAAAUUUGGCCGAAUAGAUGAUGAUAUAUAUCAGAUCAAAGAUGUAAGUUUUAUGAUGAUAAUAGGUGGGGAUAUAAGGGAUAAUAAUUAGUUGGUAAAAUUGGUAUUCAUUAUGGAGGAGCUAUAAGCGGAGUUAUAGGAUUUCAUAAGCCUCAAUUUUCACUGAUUGGUGAUACUGUUAAUACUACCAGUAGAGUUUGUUCGACUGGUUUAGAAGAUAGUAUUACAUUAUCAGAAUAAGCAUUUGAUUAAUUAAAAAAUGAAAAUAUUGAGUUUGAAAUAAGAAAUGUUGAAAUGAAAGGUUUAGGUAUUAGACCAACAUAUAUUUAUAAAUGCAAAAUUUAAAAUAAGGAAAAUCAAUUUUAAAUGUAAAUAGAGUAAGAUGCUUAAAGUAAAGAAGCUAGAAGCUAAUAUUUUGUUAGAAAGAAUCCUGAAAUUUUUAAGAAGGAUCUAAAAAAAAGAAAAACUAUAUUAACUUAGAUUGAUACUAUGAAAUAGAAAAUGGAUUCAAUGCAAGAAUAAGGAGCUCCUAAUGUUUUUGGUAUUAAACCAAUAGAUCCAACUUAUUAUUAACCAUAUGAAGAUAAAUCAAGACAUUCAAUAUAAUUAUUAUCAAAAUAAGGAUCUGAUGAGAAUCACAUUAAGUAAUCACAAGCUAAACCAAGUACAUUUAAAAGAUUAGUAACUAUGCUUUAGAAUAAAUUUUAACUUGAAAAUUAUGAACCAGAAAUAGAUGAAUUAAUUGAUUAUGAAUAAUUAUUGGUAAUAAUACAUAAAUUAAUUAGAGAAUGUCAUUUUAUUAAAGAAUGAAUAUACACUAGAACAUAAUAUAAUUAAAGAAACUUCAUUUAUUUAAUUAUUGUAAAUAUCCUAUUAUAAAAAAUAAAUGAAUCAAUUUGUUAGUUAUGAAUAAUAUUAAGAAUUUGUAAAGAUUUAAUCAAAAAAUCAAACUGUUUAAAAUUUGAGAAUUUAUGUACUUUAUUAUAUGAUUAAAUUGUUUUGUCAAAUUUAAUUUUAUGGAAAUUUGAAUUUAGGUAUGAUCAUAUUAUAAUGGUUUUGUUGUUUACUUAAUUUAAUACAAUUUUUAGUGAAUGAUAAAACUCUUUUUGAAAAAUGGAAAUUAUUCAUUAAAUUACUAUUAUGUUUUGAAGCUUUACUUAGUGGAUUAGUGAUUAUAUUAGAUGAAGAUGAUUACUUAAAAAAUAUUCAUAUCUAUGAAAUAAUAUUUAUUUAAUCAUUGUUUUGUAGUAUUUAAAUACUAAGUUUUUGGAUUAAAGUAUUAUUUUGUAUUGCAAUUGCAUUUUAUUUUACAAUAAUCUUAGCAAUAGAUGGAACUUAAAUUAUAUCAAUAUACUUUAUCAUAGUUAGCUCUUUGUAUAAUAUCAUGUUAAUUUUAUUGAUUGAAUAAUAACAAGUAGGUUGUUUUAAUUAAAAAAUUAUAUUCAAAACUUAAUAAUAAAAAGAAUCACAAUUACUUUAGUAUUUAUUACCAAAACAUAUUCUCAAUAAAUUUUUAGAUGACAGAAUUGGUAAUAUUGGAAUUUGUGAUAAAAUUGAUGAUCUAACAAUAUUAUUUGCAGAUAUAGCUGGUUUUACUGAAUAUUCUAGUAAAGUAAAACCAGAAGAAGUAUUAGUUAUGCUCAAAAAUUUAUUUGUUGAAUUUGAUAGGAAAUGUUGUGAUUUGAAUGUUUAUAAAUUAUAUACUAUUGGUGAUUGUUAUGUGGCUAUUGGAAUGAUUGAUUAUCACAAUAGAAAUCCUCAUUAAGAAGCUAAAAAUAUUAUUGAUUUAGCUUUUGAAAUGAUCAAUAUAAUUGCUUAAGUCAGGAAAUAAAUUAAUUUUGAUGGACUUAAUAUGAGAAUAGGAGUACAUACAGGACCUGUUUUUGGAGGAGUUAUGGGUACAGAUAUUGUCAGAUAUGAUAUCUAUGGGCCAGAUGUACUCAUAGCAAAUAAGAUGGAAUCAAAUGGAGUUAAAGGGUAUGUAUAAGUUAGUUAGUAAACAAAGAAGUAUUUAGAAGAAGAUUAUGCAAAUUUGUUUAAAUUUGAAUUGAAUGUUACUCUUGAAUUGAAAGCAAUAGGACGAUAAAUUGAAGGAUAUUUAGUGAAAAGAUAAGAGGAAGAUAAUCAUUCUAAUUAAUAAGAUGGCCCAUUUUGA